GCCAAGUUCCAGUCCCAGUCGUACGUAGAUUCCUGGCUCUCAGAUAACAUACUCCCAUACUACCCGGCCACGAAGAUCACCCUCAUUGCUGUAGGCACGGAAGUGACCAAAAGCCCGGGCAACGCCGCCAGCCUGGUCGUGCCCGCCAUGAGGAACGUGGUUUCGGCAUUGAGAAAGUCUAACCUGCAAGAUAGGAUCAAGGUUUCAACAUCCCUCCCCUUCGAUGUUUUAUCCAAAACAUACCCACCUUCCCAAGGGGCUUUCAAGAGUAGCCUUGCGUUUCUGUUGAAUCCUUUGUUGCAAUUCCUGAACGAGAACCGAUCACCUUUUAUGAUUAAUCUGUAUCCUUAUUUUGCUAUUGGAGAUUCUUCUUUGGAUUAUGUUCUGUUUAGGCCAUCUCCCCAAGCGAACGUAGAUCCCGGUACUGGUUUACGUUACGACAACAUGUUCGAUGCUCAGCUAGAUGCUGUUCAUUUCGCCAUCGUCAAUCAACGUUUCUCCUUGGCUGAUCAAAAUUUCGCAGACAUGAAGAUUAUUGUUAAGGAAACCGGCUAUCCCUCGAAAGGUUCAGGAGGAGACAGGUAUGCCACUAAUGAAAAUGCCAGGAUUUAUAAUACCAACUUGAUAAGUCAUGUUACCUCUGGCUCUGGUUCUCGUACAACAACCGAUGAAGUUGUUGGUACUAUGUCUGGUACACCCGCCAUGCCUAAUGGAGACGUAGAUGUGUAUAUUUUCUCCUUGUUUAAUGAGAACCUGAAGCAAGGACCGGAUAUUGAGAAAAACUGGGGCAUAUUUUAUCCGAACAUGGAGCCUGUUUAUAACCUGGAAUUCCCUGGAAAAGCAAGUGGAAAAAGUUGGUGCGUUGCUUCUACACGGGCUCCGCCAUCGGAUUUACAGAAGGCGUUAGAUUGGGCUUGCGGUCCGGGGAAAGCGGAUUGUUCCCUCAUUCAGCGUGGCCAGCCAUGUUUUGAACCAGAUACUCUACUUUCUCAUGCCUCUUACGCAUUCAACAAUUAUUACCACAAAAACGGGGCCACAGAUGAAUCAUGCAGUUUCGGAGGAACUGGGAUCAAAGUAUACACGGACCCUAGCUAUGGAAAAUGCGUCUAUCGUUGAGGUGUGCGCAUGGGAUUGAUGGUGUCUUUUUGCUUGAAUUUGGUGGCCUCAAGAGUCAAUAAUAAACCUGUGGAGUGGGAUGGAGUGAUAAUUCCACGUUACCCAUACAUUUUAUUCUGUUUGUGUUCUACCAAAAUAUAAAAUUAAUACAAUGGAUGUUAUAAUCAUGUGGGUUGCGAGUUAAGUAAUGAAGCAAAUUGAGGAAUAAAGAAAUGUAGAAAGGUACC